AUGUUCAACUACAUCGUUUUGUUUAUAUGCGCUCAGGUGCUGAUUUACAAUGCGGUGGUCACAGCAGAAGCAAGAGAAGAAGGAGAUCCAAUUCCAGGCGUUAGUGGUGACAAUGGUGGUGAUUCGGAAAACAGUGACAGCAAAGGCGGCGAUUAUGAAGAUCUAGAAGACGACCCUAACCCAAACGAACCGUUAAGUGAUGAUUAUUACAAUGGAUUCUUCCCUUACUCAAUAAUUGACGGGCAAAAGGUGUACUGGGAUGUUCUUGAUAAAGCACGAAAGGACGCAAUCUGGGAAACGUUGCCGACUGAAAUUAAAGCUGAAGAGGACAAGGCGAAGAGUGCUAAGACCAAAUAA